UUGCGAGGCAUAAAAUACCGAUUCGACACCAUACGGUGGAAAAAACCGAUUCGAUACGAGUCAUACGACACGGUUGACGUGAGAACCGGACAGAAGAGCACCGCCACUACCAGUGCCAGUAGUAACAGCAGCGGAGGAGGCCCAUCGUUGAUCAGCUCCGACGCCAAAUUCCCAACCAUGGCGGCGGAACCAAGUAUCACACCAAAAAUCUUCCUCUUCCUUCUCUCUCUACUCGCCUUCGGAGCUUUCUUCGCCCCCGUCUUCGCUCCCCUCCCCUCUGGGCCCUCUCUCUCUUCCUCCUCUCGCUCUUCCCGCCACAAAAAAGUAAAUGCUCGGCAGUUUGGGAUUGCCGAUGACAUGUUCUGGAAGGAUGGUAAGCCUGUCCAAAUUAUUGGUGGGGAUUUGCAUUAUUUCCGGAUCCUCCCUGAGUACUGGGAAGAUAGGCUGUUGAGGGCAAAGGCAUUUGGUUUGAAUACUAUUCAGACUUAUGUUCCUUGGAAUUUGCACGAACCAAGUCGGGGGGAGCUUGAUUUCGAGGGCAUUGCAGAUAUAGUUUCUUUUUUAAAGCUAUGCCAGAAGCUGGAUCUCCUAGUUAUGCUUCGAGCUGGACCUUAUAUAUGUGCUGAGUGGGAUUUGGGGGGAUUUCCUCCAUGGUUACUCGCCGUUGAACCAGCUCUCAGAUUGAGAUCAUCAGACUCUGCUUUCCUUGACUUGGUUGAAAGGUGGUGGGGAGUAUUGCUUCCACUGAUAGCCCCUCUUCUUUACGGUAACGGAGGCCCUAUUAUAAUGGUUCAGAUUGAAAAUGAAUUUGGUUCCUAUGGGAAUGACAAAGUUUAUCUUCAUCAUCUUGUCACAUUAGCUCGGGGACAUCUUGGGGAUGCAGUAAUUCUGUAUACUACAGAUGGAGGCUCGAGGGAAGCUCUAGAGAAAGGAACCAUACGUGGAGAUGCUGUAUUUUCUGCUGUUGACUUUACGACUGGGGAUGAUCCAUGGCCUAUCUUUAAGUUGCAGAAGGAGUUCAAUGCCCCGGGCAAAUCACCUCCUCUUUCAGCUGAGUUUUAUACAGGUUGGCUUACUCACUGGGGGGAGGAGAUUGCAAAAACAGAUGCUGAUUUUACUGCAGCUGCCCUGGAAAAGAUUUUGUCAAGGAAUGGAUCUGCUGUGCUCUAUAUGGCACACGGUGGGACAAAUUUUGGUUUUUAUAGUGGUGCUAACACUGGUGCAAAUGAGUAUGAUUACAAGCCUGAUCUUACUUCCUAUGAUUAUGAUGCACCUAUUAAGGAAUCUGGUGACGUGGACAAUGCAAAGUUCAAAGCUCUGCAUAGCGUUAUAAAGAAGUACCAUGCAGCGUCUCUUCCUUCUGUUCCUUCUGAUAAUGAAAAGACAGGAUAUGGUCGUAUCCGGCUACAGAAAAGUUCAAUCCUCUUUGAUACACUGAACAUCAAAGGUGCUAGUCAUGUCGCUCAAUCUGAAAGUCCAAUUUCAAUGGAGUCUGCGGGCCAGAUGUUUGGACUCAUGUUAUAUGUAUCUGAAUAUCGUGCAAGCAACAAUGGUAGCAUUCUUUCCAUACCAGAGGUGCAUGACAGAGCUCAGGUGUUCAUUUCAUGCCCUUCUAAAGUUGAUGCUCAACGACCAACGUACAUCGGUACAAUUGAGAGAUGGUCAAAUAAACCUCUUGGUCUCCCUUAUACUGGUUGCCAUUCCAACACUAGCUUGUUUGUUCUGGUUGAAAACAUGGGUCGGGUAAACUAUGGGCAAUUCAUGUUUGACAGGAAGGGUAUUUUGUCUUCUGUUUAUCUAUCUGGAAAAGCUCUACAUGGGUGGAAAAUGUUCUCAGUUCCUUUUUCGAACUUAAAUGGAAAGCAGAAAGUCAAUCCUAUUUUUCAGCUUGCUUAUUCUGAAAUCAUCACGUCUUCUGCCCACAAAGAAUUGAAACACAGCUUUGACAACUCGCAGAAAGAACCAGCUUUCUACGCUGGUUAUUUCACAGUUGAUGAAACGAGCCAACUGAAGGACACAUACAUCUCAUUCAGGGGCUGGGGGAAAGGGAUUGCAUCUGUAAACGAUUUUAAUAUUGGAAGAUAUUGGCCGUCAUUUGGACCACAAUGCAACCUUUAUGUUCCGGCUCCAGUCCUUCGACAUGGACAAAAUGUUGUGGUUAUACUAGAGUUAGAGUCCCCAAAUCCGGAGCUUGUGGUUACCUCUGUUCAUCAGUCAGACUUCACGUGCAGUUCAAGUAGUUCAAAGGUGCAUCAGCUUUGAAAGCAUUGAUACUAAUCAUACAUUAAUUCGCUGUUCAAAAAAAAAAAAAAUACAUUGAUUCUUCUGUGUGAUGCACGAGCGCAUUAACCAGCUAGGAUGAUCAAGUUGGCUGGAGCUUGAGUUUCAGCACCAUGUUCAUUAGCUUCCGCUUCUGGCUUCUACAAAUCUUCCACCAUAUUGGUAUAUGGAGUGCGUGACGUAGGGUAGGGUAUUGUAUCUUUUUCGAAGAUUAAUGAAAUUUUUUCGCCGUUAAAAAGAGAGAGAGGGUAUUGUGUGUGCUAUUUCUGAGUCUUUUGUGGAGGACAUGAGUGGGAAGAACUGUAGACAGAGCAGGGCACCAGACCAGCACACACAUCGAAAGGCAACAAAAAUUUGUAGAGAGAGAGAGAGAGAGAGAGAGAGAGCAGAACAGCACACACAUCGAAAGGCAACACUAAUUUGGAGAGAGAGAGAGAGAGAGAGAGAGAGAGAGAGAGAGAGAGAGAGAGAGAGCUUGUAUACCAUUGAUUCUUUGACAAUGAAGGUCAAAACAAUCGCUACAUGGAAAAUAAGUGCGGUUUGCUUUCUUUGCUGCACUGUAGUAAGUUGUAACAGGAUGUUGGUAAUUUGCAAGAUCUCAAGACCCUUAAUGGGCUAUUGUCCAAAAUGGAGAUUUUCCAUUAAAGAAGUCAUUCUCCCUGUAA